CACAUGCGAUAAUGACGACCAUUCUGCGAAGCUGCACAAUGUUUCACGGCUUCUUCAAGCUCGCGGUGCUAUGAUAACACCAAGAUCAACUCUGCUUUGCAAUCACCGGCUGGAAAGGCACUGCGAAAGAUCUUAAGCGCGACAUCAGCGCAAGCCCCGCCAUCCCACCAUACGCUGUUGCUCCCACACCAGCCCUUAAUCACGUUCCACUCACACAAAGUUCUCCCACUGAUCUCAGCUACGCGUGAAAAUUAUGCCGAAGCCCACAGAUAUACCCUCCUUCGCAGCUUCGCAGCUCACGCUCCUCGACGCCGAACUCCAAGCCGAACUCUCAGAAACAAACGCGCUUCUCUCUUCGCACACGCCUACCGCGCUCGCUCGGGCUGGUCUUGCCAUCCUCAAUCUCAAUGUGUCUUCCAUGCGGACAGGUCUCGGUGGCAAGACGGUAGUCGAGCUAGGAUUGGAUCCGGCAGUCGUGGCCAAAGGCGAGAAGCCGGAUAUCCCUGAGCAUGGUAUCCGAGUGGGAGAUAUCGUGGGGGUGCAAGACCAGCCGAGCGGCAGUGCGAAGAAGACGGAGAAGAAAGAGUUGGUGAACAAGGGCGUCGAGGGCGUGGUGUUGAGGGUUAAGAGGGAGAAUGUGGAGGUUGUGCUGGACAAGGAGGAUGCGGACGUACCCAGUGGAGGGAAGCUAUGGAUAGUCAAGCUGGCGAAUGACGUUACUUACAAAAGAAUGAACCAGACCAUGACCCGGCUUGAAAAGUUCGGAGACCAAGAGCUUACGCCAUUCAUGCGCGUCCUCUUCGGACAAGGCUCACCCACGCCACUACCGUCAGACCUGAACGACCCUUCAAAUCCGCUCUACAAGCUGGAAUGGAACGAUCCAUCACUCAACGACAGCCAGAAGGAGGCCAUAAGGUUUGCGCUGGCAUCACGCGAAGUGGCUUUGAUCCAUGGCCCGCCGGGCACGGGAAAGACACAUACCCUGAUCGAACUUAUACUACAGCUGCUGAAGCAAAAGCUCCGUCUUUUAGUAUGCGGGCCAUCGAACAUAUCAGUAGACAAUAUCGUGGAGCGACUAGCAUCUCACAAAGUCUCUAUGGUACGCCUGGGCCAUCCAGCACGCCUGCUUCCUUCAGUAUUGAACCAUUCUUUGGACGUUCUUACGCGAACAUCGGAAGCCGCUGCAUUGGUACAAGAUGUUCGAAAAGAGAUGGACGAUAAGCAAGCGUCCAUCCGAAAGACACGAAACGCCAGGGAGCGACGCCAGAUUUACACCGAGCUGAAAGAGCUGAGACAGGAAUUCAGAGAGCGAGAGAAGGGGUGUGUCAACAACCUGGUUGGUGGGAGUAAGGUGGUUCUCGCAACGCUACAUGGUGCAGGAGGCUUCCAUCUCAAGGGGCAGGAGUUCGACGUCGUCAUUGUUGAUGAAGCGAGUCAGGCCCUGGAAGCACAAUGCUGGGUACCGCUUUUGUGGGUCAGAGCAUCCAAGCUGGUGCUUGCGGGUGAUCAUCUACAGCUUCCGCCUACCAUUAAGUCGCUUAACUCGAAAGAAUCGAAGGUGGCGAAGAAGGAGAUGACAAAGAGCAAGGAUAAGUCUACUAAGGCUGGAGAGGGAGAUUCUGGAAAGCCAACAGAAAAGAUGACGCUGGAGACAACGCUCUUCGAUCGCCUACUUGCGUUGCACGGAUCACCCAUAAAACGCAUGCUAACGACACAAUACCGCAUGCAUGAGAAGAUUAUGCGGUUUCCGUCUGACGAGCUAUAUGAUUCGAAACUUGUGGCUGCUGAUUUCGUCAAAGACCGUUUACUCAAAGACCUCCCGUACGAGGUUAAGGAUACGGAAGACACACAAGAACCCCUGGUGUUCUGGGAUACGCAAGGGGGUGACUUCCCGGAAAAGACUGAGGAUGAUGCGGUUGCGAAGGGUAGCAAAGGCAUGAGCCUCGGAGACAGCAAAUCAAACGAAGCAGAAGCGGCAUUGGUGAAGAUGCACGUCGGGAACCUUAUCGAAGCGGGCGUCAAAGCAGAGGAUAUUGCGGUCGUUACGCCAUACAACGCACAGCUCGCACUCUUGGCUGGAAUGCUCAAAGAAGCAUAUCCCGGUAUUGAACUAGGCUCCGUAGACGGGUUUCAGGGACGGGAGAAGGAAGCCGUGAUUGUGAGCACAGUUCGAAGUAAUGCGGACCGAGAAGUGGGCUUCCUGGGUGAGAAGCGGAGACUCAAUGUGGCGAUGACACGCCCAAGGCGACAUCUGUGUGUGAUUGGAGACUCGGAUACCAUCAGCAAGUACGUACCUUUUGUUCUUCCUUUUCUUUUCCAACAUAUUGUGCUUCUUGCGGCUUUUUUGGUCACACAAGCCCAAGCCUACCUUGGCCUCUGGGUCCGUUCCGGCACACCCGAAAGCGUGGGAAUCGGGUUCACUCUUCUGCAGCGUCAGGACAAUGCACUACGAAACGUGCACACACUGUGACAGGCAGCAGGCACCUCCCCUGUCAUGUACCCCAACCCCUCAGCACACCGUUUCGCUGGAUCACAACCGUUACACAGCAGCAUCAGCAUGCUGACGUGCACCUCAGGGGCUCGAAAUUCCUGAAGGCGUGGAUGGGGUUUCUAGAAGAGCAUGCGGAUCUGCGUUACCCUAAUCU